AUGUCUACCGUACUCCGAUUGAGUCUUUUACUCAUUGUGCUUUGUGUUUUCUUGGGAAAGGCUGAAGAGGAGGCACAUUUACCAUCGCAUCAACUCAAUGCUAGAGAAGUUGAGCCAAAAGAAAACCCUGAGAGUGCCCGAAUUCGCGCGAAACGCUGGCCAUGGGGUAUGGGAGGCGGUUGGGGAUGGAGACGCCCGUGGGGUAUGGGUGGAUGGGGAAUGGGCAUGUACAGACCAUGGGGCAUGUGGGGCAGUCCUUGGGGAAUGGGCGGAAUGGGCGGAAUGGGCGGAAUGGGCAUGAUGGGAUGGCCAUGGUUUGGA